GCACUUGCCCCAACAGUGUUAAGUUCUAUGGUCGGGCCUUUGUUUGGGGUGUGUGUGUGAUGAUUACGUGUGAGAGCUUUGUGUGUGCGUAUGUAUGAGUGAGUCUUUGCAGUCUCUGGCUGUGUGAGAGUUUACGUGUGUGUGUGUGGAUGUGUUUGCGUGAGUCCAUACCACUGUGCCGACUUUCAUACGUGCUCGUUAACGGCACUUAUCCCAACAGCUUGUGUCGGCUACACGGGGGAUCUUUGCCUUGUGUGUGUGGUGGGCGUGGAGUGAGUAUUGAGUUUGGGUCUCGCUUCCCAACCCCUCGACCCUCUCCCUCUGCACCACCAUCGCGCAAAGUUUGGCUCCGUUAGGUCCACGUCAAUGAGUGACCCAGCUCAAACAACACGCAACUACCACACCGAUCCUGGCCACACCAAUAUCUACCGCACCAAGCACUCUAGCCACAACAAUAUCUACCACACUGACCACUCAAACAACACCAUCACCACACCAACCACUCCAAUAACACCAGCCGCACCAAUACCAACCACACCAUUACCAUCAAGCACAUCCACGUCAACCACACCAUUACCAUCAACCGCACCAACACCAACCACACCAUUACCAUCAACCGCACCAACACCAACCACACCAUUACCAUCAACCGCACCAACAUCAACCACACCAUUACCAUCAACCUCACCAAUACAAACCCCACAAGUCCACACCGACCACUCUCGGGUCAAGGCAAAGAGCUACCGCGCCCCCGCCGCGAGCAGCGAGACAGCGGCGUCAGCAGCGGUCACGGGGGAGGAAGAGGGAGAGAGCAGAGGAGGCGAGGGGGGCAGUGAAGAGGAAGGGAGGAGAGAGCAAAGAAGAGGAGGGAACAGAGAGGAGGAGGAGAUGCACACGGGAGCCCCUCUCUAGACCCCAUGCACAGGUUCAUACUCCGCCGCUCCCUGGAUGCGAUGAUGAAGACCCCGGGGAUCGGGGGUCCUGCGACCCCCAGAGCUCUGAGCCUCCAGUCACCGCCACAGGAGCUGCUGAGCCCCCUGCGGGUCCCGACGCGCCUGCUGCUGGGGCCCGGGCCCUCCAACUCCUCGGCGAGGGUCCGCGCUGCCGGCGCCCUGCCCUUGCUGGGACACCUCCACCCAGAGUUCUGCCAGGUGAUGGACGAGGUGCGCGCGGGGCUGCGCUACGCAUUCCAGACGCGCAACGCGGUCACGUUGGCCGUGAGCGGCACGGGCCACGCGGCCAUGGAGGCUGCCAUCGUGAACCUGGUGCAGGAGGGGGAGCGCGUGGCGGUGUGCGUCCACGGCGUGUGGGGAGAGCGCGCAGCCUCCAUCGCCCGCCGCCUGCGAGCCGAUGUGCGGACGCUGGAGGGCCCCGCGGGAGAGAGAUUCAGCAUCGCCCAGAUCGAGCAGGCCCUGCUGGAACACCGACCUCGCCUCCUCUUCGUGACGCACGGGGAAUCCUCCACGGGGGUCCUCCAGCCCCUCGAGGGGAUCGGACCCCUCUGCCACAGGUCCGACUGCCUGCUCGUCGUCGACUCCGUGGCGUCGCUGGGAGGGACUCCCCUGCACAUGGACGGGCUGGAGAUAGACGUGCUCUACACCGGCUCGCAGAAGGUCCUGGGGUGUCCUCCUGGCCCUUCCCCAAUCUCCUUCAGCCAACGAGCGUGGGAGCGGUUGUUGGCGCGGAAGACUGAGGUUCCCUCCUUUUACUUCGACAUGAAGGGUCUGGCCAACUACUGGGGCUGUGACGAGGGCCCUCGCAGGUAUCACCACACAGGCCCCAUCUCUGCCGUGUACGCCCUGCGCGAGGGACUAGCAGAGCUGGUGGAGGAGGGUCUUGAGCGGUGCUGGGAGCGGCACAGGCGGAACGCUCUGCGUCUCCACCGCGGCCUCGCGGAGCUCGGACUGCAGCUAUUCGUCGGGGAGAAGGAGGCUCGCCUCCCCACCAUCACCACGGUGCGGGUGCCCCCGGGCUACGCGUGGAAGGAGGUGGUGGACUUCAUCAUGAGUCGCCACGGCAUCGAGAUCGCCGGGGGACUGGGACCCACGGCAGGACAGGUGUGGCGUAUCGGGCUCAUGGGUCCAAACUCGACGGAGCAGAACGUGGACAAAGUGCUGCUGGCGCUGAGGGACGCGCUGGCAACCUGCUCUCGUUCCAAGCUGUGACUCGCCACUCACACACUCACUACUCACCCACACACACAAACGCAUUUACACAGACACGCGUGUCUAUAUAUAUACCAUCACCAAAUUUAUUAUGUAAAUUCUGACAAACUGCCACAGUACGGUGUGGGUGGCGAAGGUGGUGUUUUGAUCACGGACACGCCCCUCCCCCCCUCGCCAUUCGGAGCUCCUCGAGGGACCGAGAGGACGACGACUCCGAAUGCACGGCGGCCGUGGGUUGUUGCGGAAGCGGCAAUGACAGCGUCACGCAUGCCGUUAAACCGCUCGGCGUACUCAACGGAGGCAAAUGUACAAGCGAGACGCACCGCGACGACGGACCGCGCGCCCGUAGACCAAGGUCUCCCAGGUAGCCCACAGACCGCCGGUACAAGUGCCGCCCCCAUGAAGGCCGGCACGGCGCACGAGCCGCGAGGUGGUGGUGGGCCAGCGCUGCCACGCCCAGUGCUGUUUACACACCGCACCGGGUGCUCAAUUCAUUAAGGCUGAGUCGACUUAAGGGAGGCCCAGUAGCGGUUCGGAUAUCCAUAACCGAUGUUGGUGUUGUUGGGUGUGUAGCACAGCAUGCUAGGCACUGCGCCACCGUUCCCACCAUACACACAUGCACACACUCACCGACGCAGGACGUAAUUUUUGAUUUAAUACAACACAAGUCGGACAUAAAUUAUAGAGGGACGCACCGCACGGCAAUCAUGAUGCUUCCUUAAUCAUUCACACUUCCCCAUAACCUCCGAGCCCAAGCGUAGCAGCAGCAGAUGCGCGAACAGGAUAGUUAAUAAAUAGUUAUCGUGGCUGAAGAUUAAGCCGACGAAAUGCGACGACAGUAGUUUUAUUUAAAACGAGUAAAUCUCUUUUAAAAAGGUCAAUCUCUCCACGCCACUGUCAUCACUCGCGUACACACACAACACCGAGCUAGCCGCCGCAGCAACAGCUCAGCCCGGCCACCCACACUCCCCCACAGCUCGAGGUCACAGUUCAGCCCUGCAAUUGCUUGCUCCCAUGCUGCCAAGGAGGGCCUCAUCCCCCACCACUCUCCACCCCACCAACCACCAUUGGGAGCUUUAAACAGUUUCUCUAAAGCUGGACGUCUUGGGAGGGGGGAGGGGGGUGAAGACGCCCACACUUCACCACUGCACGCAAACUGCAGACUGUUGACCCGACCACACUGAAACCGGUGGUGCUAACCACAACCGCGGCAAACUCCUGAUUCUCAUCCCACACCGGCACUCUGACGCAUGCAGAAGCUGAAAUGAAAGGACGAUUUGGCAAAACACGUCCUUGUCUGGACUGUCGACCAUCGUCACGGUCGACGUAGAGGUCGCCAUCUCAGUACAGCAAUUAGGAUUAAUUUCUAUCUGCAUGGAGAUUGAAUGUUAGCCCCUCCCCUCGCGUGCGUGGGGACUCUGUGGACACUCCCGUUUGCCACGUGUAAUAAACACUGAUUCAUGGAUUUGGCCAAAUAUCCCCAAUAUAGGACCACAGAGCUUGGGCAACUACUGGCUACGAUUGUGGCCAUACUCCCUCUUGUCUGUGGCUUCCCAAACCUUCGCCCUGUCCCUCCCUCUCGGAGAGGGAAUGCAUCACAAAUUCUAAUAUUAUUAUUGUUAGGCGAGCAGACAGGAACCUCGCAAUCAGCAUCCAUCCCCAGCAGAGUUCUUGAUGAGUGAUGCUCACAAAGACACUGAAGAGAUGGGACUUGGACACCAAGUCCAUACUGCCCACCGCCACCCCAGUGCCACAUGGGUGCAACUGCGAUGCGUGGAAGGGGUGCUGUAUAUUUGACAAAACGUGGAACCGCACUUGGGCCUUCUUCUGGGAGUUAACAUUCACAGACACACACACAGCUCGACAAAGAUGCAGUCU